AAACACAGUGUGAAAUCUAAAACCAACUGUCUCCCCCCGUGAAGGCGCGAUCGUAGUCCUGGAUCCGGAUCCGCUUCCUAACCGUCUGUCUGAUCAGUUAUCGAUCCGUGUGUCAGGUGUCCGUCCUGUGGCCGUGUCAGACCGUCUGUCCGUCCGGUUUCUCCUCAGCUCGUGGUCUCAGUCCGUGGCGGGAACAUGCUCCGCGUGAGGGCGGCGGUGGGUUGGUCCUGGAGGGGGUUUAAGACGUUCUCCUGUGCAGCAGUGGAGGUGAAGAAUGAGCCGAUCCUGAGCUUCAAUGAGGGCAGUGCAGAGAGGAAAGAGCUGCUGAAGGCCCUGGACAGUGUGAAGGGCGUGACAGAGGAGAUCCCAUGUGUGGUGGGGGAUGAACAUGUGUGGACCAAAGACAUCAGAUAUCAGUUAUCACCGUUCAAUCACUCACACAAGGUGGCCAAGUUCUGUUACGCUGACAAGGAGCUGAUCAAUAAAGCCAUCGUGGCGUCCAUGGCGGCAAGGAGAGACUGGGACCUGAAGCCGAUCCAGGACCGAGCCCAGAUCCUGUUCAAGGCCGCUGAUGUCAUCAGUGGACCCAGGAGAGCCGAAGUCCUCGCCAAGACCAUGAUCGGACAGGGGAAGACGGUGGUCCAGGCCGAGAUCGACGCUGCCGCAGAGCUGAUCGACUUCUUCAGGUUUAACGCCAAGCACGCGAUCGAGCUGCAGAAACAGCAGCCGCUCGAUGCAGAGGGAAGCACCAACACCAUGCUGUACAGAGGCCUGGAGGGCUUCGUCGCAGCUGUGGCUCCUUUUAACUUCACUGCGAUUGGUGGAAACCUGGCAGGAACUCCGGCUCUGAUGGGGAACGUGGUUCUGUGGAAGCCCAGUGACACAGCCAUGUCUGCCAGCUACGCUGUGUACAGAGUCCUGAGGGAGUGUGGUCUGCCCCCCAACAUCAUCCAGUUCCUGCCCGCUGACGGCCCCGUGUUCGGAGACACCAUCACCUCCUCUGAGCACCUGGCAGGCAUCAACUUCACCGGCAGCGUCCCGACGUUCAAGCGUCUGUGGAAACAAGUGGCUGAGAACCUGGACACCUACAAGACGUUCCCCGGCUGGCAGGAGUGCGGAGGGAAGAACUUCCACUUCGUCCACAGGUCUGCGGACGUUCAGAGCGUGGUGACGGGGACCAUCCGCUCAGCGUUCGAGUACGGAGGUCAGAAGUGUUCAGCCUGUUCCAGGAUGUACGUCCCUGACAGCAUGUGGCCGCAGAUCAAACAGGGACUCCUGGACAUUCACAGGAGCAUCAGAGUGGGAGACCCUGUUGAAGACUUCAGCACCUUCUUCUCUGCUGUAAUCGAUGAUAAGUCAUUUAGUCGGAUAAAGAGGUGGCUCGAUCACGCCAAGUCCUCCCCCAACCUGAAGGUGAUCGCCGGAGGGAACUGUGACGAUAAGAAGGGUUAUUACGUGGAGCCGACCAUCAUCGAGACCAAAGACCCGCAGGACGCCAUCAUGAACGAGGAGAUCUUCGGUCCAGUUCUGACGGUUUAUGUUUAUCCAGAGAAGGAGUACAGAGAGGUUCUGCAGCUGAUCGACAGCACGUCUCCGUACGCUCUGACAGGAGCUGUGUUCGCUCAGGACCAGAAGGUGAUCGAGGAGGCCGCCGUCGUCCUCAGAAACGCUGCUGGGAACUACUACGUCAACGAUAAAUCCACCGGCUCCAUCGUCGCUCAGCAGCCGUUUGGUGGAGCCAGAGCUUCAGGUACGAAUGACAAACCCGGAGGUCCUCACUACGUCCUGAGGUGGACGUCCCCGCAGGUGGUGAAGCAGACCCACGUCCCCCUCAGAGAGUGGAGGUACCCCUACAUGGGCUGAGUCCAGGACUGAAGCCUGCUCGUCCAAUCAGAGCCCUCCCUCCUCCCCCCUCAUCAGCUGAUCGUCCAAUCACCUGCAACAAACACACUGAUAGACACUGAUCAAUGAAAGGAAGAGAGAGUCUCCUUGUCCUGAAUCUUAGUCUCCCACUGUCCCUCUGAGAAGCUUUGCACUGAACCUGGACCUGGACCUGGACCGGCACCUGGACCUGGACCUGAUUGUAUUCUGGAUGAGGAUCAGCAGCAGAGAGAGUGUCUUCCAUCCAGAUGUUUGAGCUGCUGUUUGUCCUCAGAAACACAGUUUAUAAAUACAUCAGUGUUUUAAUCUGUGGAAACAUUUAAUUAACUGAUUCAUUAACUAAUUAAUUGAUAUUUUCUUCAGUCUGUCACAGUAAACUGACAAAGACGAGACACGAUGAGACUGUGGGAAACUGAUGAACAUUUUUCACUGUUUUCUGAUGUUUCACAGUCAAUCAAUGAAUCAAUGAAUCAAUCAGUUAAUCAGUUAAUCUGUUGAAUAGUGAAAGUGUGGAGCUGCCUCGUGACGAUCACACUGAUCUGUUUUAGCUGCUGCUUCGUUAACUCAUUAACUUUAUUUUGACUGACAUUUAAACAUAAAAACAUAAAAACCUGUUUUAGUUCAGUUCAGUUAGUUUCUUUAGUCUCAGAGUUAAACUGAAUCUUUGAAUCUGAUGAAUCAUGAAUCAAUAGAAACCUGGAAAACAGUUCAGGUCAGUGAGUUUGAUGGUGUUAGCGUUGAACAGAUGUCAGAGCCGAUGUUUCCUCUGUUAUGUGUUUGUUGUGUUGCUGUGUUAACGUCUGAACCACAGCUCAUCAUCAGUCUCACGCUGUCUCAGACGUCCAGAGACAGUUUUUAUUUUCUGCUGCUUUGUUUGAAUCUUUAGCUGAAAACAGAAGAUUUCUUUUCAGAACCGUCUGCCUUAAUAACUGCACACUCACACAAUUUGAAAUAAUAAAUAUUUAAUUAUUGAUA